AUGGCGGAGAUCACCCUUGGAGUGGGCAGGGAGUAUCGAGUGCGGCGGGACGUGCUCGCGGAGAAGCUGCGGAAGCUGAAGCUGAAGGCCAGGGGGUUGAUGGAUGCGGGGCUCGUGCUGGUCAACGCUUCCGGCUUGCUUUUUGGCUACUUUCCCGAGAUGGAGAUCGAGUACGCGUUGCAGCUCGAGGACGAAGCCAACGGGAUUGACGUGCGAGACGAGAUCAUGACGGAGCUGAUUGACCGGACGCCGAUCACCGUCAGCGCCGAAAUGCCCAUGGAGCACGUCCUCGAAGUGUUUGGGAAGCUCGGGCCGAGGUACAUCAUCGUUGUCGAGCCAGAGACCGUGAAGGUGAUGGGUGUUGUUCUCAAGAAGCGACUGCUGGACUUUUUAGAUCGAGCGAAGGAGCACUGA